AGUAAAUUACAAAGCUCAGUGUUAUAUUACUACCGAGGCAGUUUUACUAUAGAAAAGGUAGAAAAUAUACUGACACAAGCCCAGCUACUAUCAUUUUCCCAACACGUGUCAGUAAAUGAAGAAUGCUGUUACAGAAUGCAACGUUUGACGAUGAAAUUAAUACAUAUGGAAAAUUUACUAAGGACCACACAACGAAUGCGAAGGACAAUGAUAUCACAAAACUACGGAACAGAAAACAACGCAUUGGAAUACAUAGUCGGUGCACAGGCUGUAAAGGGCAGCAGCACUAUAGAGUGGGGUGGGAGAGUUGCUCUCUGGGGUGUCAUACCGCUGUGGCGCGCCGCACCGCCGCCCGACACUAUACUGGCUUUGAGGAAACCAACGCCAUCUGAUUGUUGGCCUUUUAGUGGAUCGACUGGCGAAGUUAUAAUAGAGGUUCCUCAAUACGCUCAAGUGCACAGUAUAAGUGUCGAACACAUAAGACCAGACACAGCGCAAAGUGCACCGAAGGACUUUAUAGUUUACGGAAUCCUAGAAAACGGUACCUGGACAAAAGCGACAGACGGAACAUACCGGUACAAUAAGCCCGCGAAACAAUACUAUUCAUUAGACAAUAGCGCUCCCUUAAAACGCAUUGUUUUCAGAGUUUUGUCCAACCAUGGCAAUCAACAAUAUACUUGUGUUUACAGAGUUCAUCUCUAUAGCGAUUCAAACACUUGAUUUUUAAUAAAAUAAAGUGUUCUACAUUAAUAAAAAUUGUCAUUUCUAUUAUUAAU